UUAGCUUUCGACUUAAGACGGUUUAAUUUCUUCGAGCUUACUUUAAACAAACAGUGCUAGUGGAUAAAAAGUUUUUUAAUUUGUAAACACUAUGACGCUGUCGGCAAGGUCGUUCUUUGUGUUAGCUCUUUUGUUUUCUUCAGUGAUUUCAAUACCUAUUGACGGAAAUGCAAUCGAUGAGCCACAAGACUAUGAAUCACAUGCACCAGAUGCAGCGCUCAUUGAUGGCGAAGAUGGAAAUGAGGUCGACGAGAUAAUCGACCUCUCGAGAGUGGCUACUGAGCUUUUCCGGAACCCAGACAAUGAUACUGGAAAGAUCUUGGAGCGUUACACCCCGGAAACGGAAAAAAAGAACCCAGAGGAAUUGGGAUCUUACCUAGAGGGAGACAUGUUAAUCAAAAAGGCUGGAAGGAACGGACUGAUUUCGCAAAGUUCAAAAUGGCCCGGAGGAAUUGUUCCAUUUGUAAUUAGGGGAAGUUUCAAUGCUCGAGAAAUGGAUACAAUUGAGCGUGCAAUUAAGGAGUAUCACGCGAAAACAUGCAUUCGUUUUAAACCAAGGUCUAGUGAACGGGAUUACAUAUCAUUCGAGAAUGAUCCGUCUGGGUGCUGGUCAAGUGUAGGUAAAAUCGGAGGAAAACAAGAAGUUAACCUUCAGACACCAGGAUGCAUGUCGAAAAUAGGAACUGUUUUGCAUGAGGUGAUGCACGCGUUGGGCUUUCUCCAUGAGCAGAAUCGUUACGAACGGGAUUCCUACGUCGAUAUUGUGUGGCAAAAUAUCCAAUCUAGCACAAGAACAAAUUUUGACAAAGCCACUUCAACGACUACGAACGCAUACGGUGUGGGUUACGAUUACGGCAGUGUUAUGCAUUAUUCAGCAUAUGCUUUCUCUACGAAUGGACGAGCAACCAUUGUAGCCAAGAACUCUGCACAUCAAAAUAUAAUGGGUCAGCGAGAUGGCUUCUCAUCUAAGGAUCUUCAAAAACUCAAUGCAAUGUACUGCCGUGGUGCGCGACCAACGAGUUCAAACCAAAGCCGACCCCCAUAUACAAGUAGACCGACUCAGCGUCCACCUACGCAACCUCAACGUCCUCGACCACCCAGUGGUCAAUAUCCACAACGACCCCCACCGCAAGGGCCAUAUCCUCAAAGACCAUACCCACCACAAGGAGGCGGAAACAACAAUCCAUUUUUGCACUUCGUUGGAGGGUUUAUUAAUGGACUUUUCCAGGAUGGAGGAAAUUACAGUGAUACCACAGAAUCAACGCAAAUAGGGCAGCCAAGGACAAUUAUUCCGAUACCACGUGAACCAAAAUCGUGAGAAAAUUCCAGACAAAAUCAGGGCCUAACAGUAUUAACUUAUUUAAUUUAUUGAAGAUGAAGCAUAUUUAUUUAUUUAUUUCCAUAUUCACCAGUUUGAAAUCGAAUAAAGCUGAUCAUUAAUUGAAAUACUUGUUUAA